AUUUUUUGUUUGUUUUGUGUAGAAACUCCUCCUCCUGCUUACUGGAAAGAAGUGGCAGAAGAGCGUCGCAAGGCUUUGUUCAAUGUUCUCCAGGAGAAUGAGAAACUGCACAAAGAUAUCGAGGCCAAAAACGAGCAGAUCACUCGACUGAAGAGCGAGAACGACGAACUGCGCGAGCUGGCCGACCACGUACAGUACAUGGCUGACAUGAUUGAGAGGCUGACUGGGAAGGGACCAAACAACCUGGAAGAAAUCAAGGGUCUUGCACUGAAUGAAGAUGAAGAUGAUGAACAUGAUGUGGCAAAGGAGGAAGAAGCUGAAACUGAUGAGGAAGAUGAACCUGAGGAGGAUGAUUGCAGUCCAGGAGAAGCUGAGGAACAAACUUGAGACAAGAGGACUCAGUAGAAGCUGCAAUAACCCCCCCCCCCCCACCAC